AUGCAGUUGAGGGAGGGGGAGGUGGUUUCAUCUUUCUACAUCUCUGAGUUUCCGAUGAGGUCGAGGGCGGUGGACUUGUUCAAUCUUUUUGGCUGUGUGGCUGAAGUGGUGGAGGUUGUCAUAUCUCCAAGGAACAAUAAAUUUGGAAAACGGUUCGGGUUUGCAAGAUUUAGAGGGGUUGAGGAUGAAAGAAUGUUGGCGGUGAAACUCGAAAACAUUAUGAUCGACGACAAGAAGAUAUAUGCUAAUCAACCGAGGUAUAGUAGGAAUGGAAGUAAAGGUGGUAUGGAGGCAUCCCAGAAACUGAAAGGUUUUCAGAGGAAUUUGUUCAAUCCGCCUGUAGCAAGGUUCGUUAAGGAGUCUAAAUCCUUUGCGGAUAUUGUUUCGGAGGGGAAGAAAGAAGUUGUUCCGGGGGAAGUUACGUCUUUCACAUUUAGUUCUGAUCACGAGAUUAGGAAUCGGUGGAAGAAGGCUUAUAUUGGUGAAGUUCUUUUCUCGGGUGAAUCUUAUAACAUUCAAAAUCAUCUUGAAGUUGAAGGAUUUUUCUCCAUCAAGGUUCAUCCACUAGGGGCGAAUCUUUGUUUGUUAGAAGAGAUGGACGAAGGAGUAAUACAAGAACUGAUAUUAGAACAGGGUUCGUUGUGGAAACGAUGGUUCAAAAUGAUAAGACCAUGGCAGGAGAGCGAUAUAGAUUCAGAGCGGGUGGUGUGGAUUAUAGUCCAUGGAAUCCCUUGCCAUGCUUGGAGCUUAAAUUUCUUUGAACGGAUUGCGUAUUUCCUUGGUUCUUAUGUCUGUGUAGAUGAGAAUACCCUGGCAGAAAGCAAUAUGGAUAUAGCAAGGAUUUUAAUAAGGGUCCCUUUCCAUUUUUAA